AUGAGCAUGCAUUUGGUGCCACCAAGGCUGCUGGACAUCCAGGCAGGGGAAGAAUAUGAGGCUAGUGUUGGUUUGCAAAGUGGCGAGGAUGACGUACUUCUGUGGGAAGAUGUCAUGUGGGAUCUACAAGAAGAUGUGGAUCUGUCAGCUGAAGAAAGAAUAUUUUUGGAAGAAUUUUCCCUAUUGAAAUGUGAGCUGGAAGCACAUAUCAGCAAGCUCCAUGCCCUUGCAGACCAUGUGGAUACAACCCAUGAAACAUUCACCAAAACUAAUGUGGUGGUCAGCUCCAUUGCAGUUGUCUCUGGAGUCAUGAGCAUCCUGGGUUUAGCCCUAUCUCCAGCAACAUUAGGAGGAAGCCUGGUGCUUUCUGCUGUUAGUAAAGGUCUGGGGGCAGCAGCUGGGGUCACCAGCAUCUUGACUGACAUUUGUAAGCACCUUCAUAAUAAGAAAGCUGAAGCUCAGGCCAGCAGCCUUGUUCCCACCCAUGGCCAAGGGGACAGGGAAGCCGCAGGAAAGGAGGCAUUCUACGCCAUGGCUGUUGGCAAGGUUGUCUAUCAAUGUGUAAGCACCAUCAAGGAUAUCAAGAAGAACAUCCAUGCCUUUCAGAGAGCCAGGGCCCACCCUUGCUUGGCUGCUGCUGCCCAGCGGCUCCUGACCACUGGUCAUGUCUCGGCCCAAAGUAGCAGGCAGGUUGAAAGAGCCUUUGAGGGCACGACACUGGUGAUGACCAAAAGUGUCCGCCUGCUGAGCACUGCAACGGCUGGUUUAUUCCUCAGCAUUGACUUAGCCACACUUUUGAUGGACUGGAAGCAAAUGAAGGCAGGAACAGGAACAGAGGCUGCCAAGGAGCUGAGGGCCCAGGCUCGAGAGCUAGAAAAGCUGCUAAGAGAACUCACUCAGCUCUACGAGAGCCUGUGGCAGCAGGAAUUAUUGCAAGAAAAAAGCCUUAUGAACUCCACUUUUGAGGGAGCCAUGUAG